UGUUGUGGGCAGGGUGAACUAAAUCAAGCGGACAUCCCAACUCUCCCUGUCUGCCUGAGCUUCGAUUUGCUUGAUUAAGCUUUGUAGACUGUCUCAGCUGGGGGCAACGAUGACGACCCUGUUUUCAGUUGUAGCUGAAGCACUAUCAUGAGGGAGAAAAUGGGCACCAAAGAGAGAGCUGCUGCUUAGAAAUAUUCAGAUAAUCAUCUUUCUGGCUUAUUAGUAGCCUAGUGAUCUUACAAGGUGUUAAGAUUAUUCAUAUGCUAAUGCACACUGUGUUGUACAUUAUCCAUACUAGAUUGAAAUGUGUUAAAAUGAUGGGUCUUAUUUAUUUUAAAACUGGAAAUGAGACAUGAUAUUAACGGGUGAAGGCGGUAACAGCGCCGUCACACUUUCCACUGGUUACCCUAUUUUCACCAGCACCACCCUCGGCUGAACAGCGAUCGUUCAAGUCUCCGUCAACUUAUCCACACUACAGCGAUCAUCACGCUGCGUCUUCCAAUAGGAGACGAGGCUGAGGUAAGCACGGAUACAUCCACUCAGUGGUAGAGAAUUAAACCGAUAUGCUUACACCCGAUGCGCAUCAUUUUGCCUUAAUCCUUGAGACCGUCUCUAGUAGUACACUAGAUAUCUGACCAGACGGUUUUCCACCGAGGUAUUUGGAAAAGGGGAAGGCAGUAUGGAUGCAGGGUCCGUAUCCGAGAACAUCACCGAAGCUGAAGAAAUGGAUACGACAACAGCAGACAGACCCGCACAAGAGGCAUCUCAAAGUGAGAUUCCGGAGGUUUCUCUGUGUCCGCCGGACACCCAGGAGUCGGAGUCCCAGAUGGUGCUGAUUCCAGCAGAUGGGGACCAGCCCGGGGACAGCCUCAGUCACCCCAAGCCUUCUCCCUCUAGCAAGCUCUACCAUCAGGUUUGCCCAGGCUGCUCAGAUCCCUCACCCCAGCUCAAGAGAUGUCCCUGCAACUCCACCCAUCACCAACACCACCACCACCACCACCAUCUGCAGCAGCACUCGAGCAAGACCAACGCCUGCCAUGACACCCUCCCGGUCACUGCUGCCUCGCUCCCGGACUGUUCGAUGGGAGCCAGCACAGUGAAGACUGUACACAGCUGUGGACCUUCCCACCCAGCGGCCACGGUGCACUGCCAUUGGCUACAAGGGUCACAUGAUGGCGGCAACCUUAAGCCAGUUCAGCACCAUGUUGUGACCGUGAGGAAUAAUGUGCCCUUCAGGAUCCCCAGAAGUUAUGCCCAGGUGAUUGUGGAUUACCCAAUGACAGUUCUUGUCACAUGCCUGGUGGUACUGCUGAGCUGUUCUCUCGCUGGGCUGCUGAUGGGGCCCCUGCCAGACUUCUCUGACCCGUUAGUGGGGUUUGAGCCUCGCGGGACAGACAUCGGAAUAAAGCUCUCCGCUUGGACCAAGCUGCAGCAGAGCACCGGCCCUGGAAAAUUACUGUCUCUCACACCGCACAAGCUCGCAGACAAGGCAGCUGGGAGUCAUGAGAAAAGCCAUGGACCGGAUUCUGAUGGAUUCCAAGAGCACUCCAAAUCCCGUCUGAGGAGAAUGCUGGAGAGAGAUAAUGCUUGGAACAAAUUCUUCUGUGAAUCACCUGGAGAGCAAUAUGCUAAACUGGUCUUCCGUUCUGGGGACUCUGCAAGUCUUUGGAGCCUGAAGGCAAUCUACACCAUGUGUGAGAUGGAACAGAUCUUCAUACGCUCACAGCCUCACUUCCAAGACAUCUGCAAAAGUGUCAGGAUAGAUGGUGAUGGUGCCGCUUCGAGGGGAGAGUGCUGUCCAAGCUGGUCCCUGGGGAACUACCUGAUCCUCCUCACCAAUGCAUCUUCCUGCCAUGCUCUGACUGACCAACAGGUCUCCGACAGUCUAAGUCUGCUCCGGCACUGUGCCCCCUACUACCAUAACGGGCAUCUGGUCGCGUCGUGUGCGGAGAGAGACAAACAUGGCCGCUGUGCGUCUGUACCGAGCAGGUGCAAGCACUCGAAUGCCGUCUUCCAGAUACUGCAUUUUCUGGUGGACAAAGACUUCCUUGGGCCACAGACUGUUGAAUACAAGGUGCCUUCUCUGAAGUACAGUCUUAUGUUUUUGCCCCUGGAGAAAGGGGAUUCGUUGAUUGACAUAUAUCUGAGCCACUUGGAGGGAAACGACUUAACAUAUAACAAAACCACUAUAACAGGGAUGGAUUUGGGCAUUAAACAGACACUUUUCAAGUAUUAUCUGAUUCGGGACUCAGUCUACCCAGUUCUGGCCGUGCUUGUGCUAUUUGUCACAAUGGCUCUGUAUACCAAAUCUCUCUUCCUGUCAGCGCUGUCACUGCUGGCAAUCACAAGCUCCCUUCUGACCUCUUAUUUCUUCUACAAAAUAGCGUUUGGAAUAGUCUUCUUCCCUAUCCUCAACCUUAGUGCAGUCUUGGUGUUGUUUGGCAGCUGUGCCAAUUACGCCUACACCUUUUUUGAUUUCUGGCUCCAGCAGCUGUCCCACAAUCCUCCAGCCUCAGUGGAGAAGAGAAUGAACCGCGUUCUCCAGGAAAUGGGGUUCCUGAUUCUGACGUCAGGUCUGACCUCCAGUGCCACAUUCUUCUCAGGCUACAUAAGCAGCAUCACCGCCAUCCGGUGCUUCGCUGUGUUCCUGGGCACAGCGUCACUAAUCAACACACUAUUCGCCCUUGUUUGGCUCCCUUGCGCGCUAGUGUUACACGAGCGCUACACCAUCACCGUUGCCACUGCUGCUUCAGGACCCGGAUGGAAGCCAUGUUGCACAAAACGCCCUGGUGGAUUCUGGGACACCAGCUCAAGAAAACGCUGCCUCUUCACCAUAGGGCAGAAGCUAAGAGGUUUGAAGCGUGGACUGGCAGACACAUCAAAUUUACUCUUCCUGAAGAUACUACCAUGUGGAGUGGUCAAGUUUCGAUAUAUUUGGAUCUGCUGGUUUGCAGUCUUGACGGCAGGAGGCACGUACAUAUAUUGUGCAGGCCCAGGCAUGAUACUACCCACCUCAGACAACCAUGGAGCUCAGCUGUUUCGCUCCAGCCACCCUUUUGAGAGAUACGACACAGAAUACCAACACCAGUUCAUGUUCGAACGCAAAUGGAGGGGGGAGGAUAAACCUUUAACACUGACUCUUGUUUGGGGUGUCAUCCCUACUGACUCUGGGAAUCACUUCGACCCAAAAAGCAGCGGCGAAUUGGUCAUGGACACCGAGUUCAACAUGAGCCACCCAGAUGCCCAGGUGUGGCUUAGGGACCUUUGCGGAAGAAUACAAAACCAGAGCUUCUAUCUGCAAGGUUCCAACGACCACGAGGAAGCAGAGGACAACGCAUGUUUCGUGGAACAGCUCAUUCAUUGGGUGUCCAUCCGGCGCUGCUCCGAGAGCGAGGAUGCCUUUCAUUUCUGCUGCAAUGACAUUCCGUUCCCUUACCCGCCCAGCGUUUUUGAACAAUGCCUUGGGAUGAUGGUGGCAGAACAGCAUUCAGAGGGGCGUCUCCCCAUCAGUGGUGGCUUACGCUUUGACUCGGAGGGCCAGAUCACAGCUCUCGUCAUCGCUUUGAAAACCUCACAUCUGUACAGUUUCAAUUUCACCCGCACUACACAUUUCUACAGAGAAGUCCAGUCCUGGUUUCAGGAGGAAAUAUCUGUGGCCCCUCUGGGUUUACAGAAAGGCUGGUUUGUUAGCGAGCUGACAUUAUACGACCUGCAGGAAUGUCUAAGCACAGAGACGUUAGAGGUGGCAGGGUUUUCCAUUGCCCUCACCUUUGCCAUGCUACUUUUGACAACAUGGAACAUCCCACUCAGUUUAUAUGGGACUGCAGCAGUGGGUGGCAGUGUCUUUGUCACUGUUGGUCUGCUGGUAUUGUUAGAAUGGCAGCUAACUGGCGUGGAGGCUUUGUUCCUCUCCGCCUCUGCAGGACUCUCAAUUGACUUUGUAGCCAAUUAUUGUGUUUCAUACAGCUUGGCUCCACAUGUAGAGAGACUUGGGAGAGUAGCCCAUUCGGUGAAGAGGAUGGGCUGUCCAGUGGCAACGGGGGCAGGAGCCUUUUUUUGUGUCGGCGUUGUCAUGCUGCCAGCAACCGCCCUCGUCUUCCGGAAAGUUGGAAUAUUUCUUAUGCUCGUGAAAUGUGUAGCAUGUGGUUUUGCAACUUUUUUCUUUCAGUCUUUGUGCUGCUUUUUUGGUCCUCAGAAGAACUGCGGGCGGAUAUAUUUGCCAUGCACGACCAAGAAGACUGACAAUACAAUGUCCACCUGCACCACAACUGACAAUGCCUCAACCAACACCGCAGCCAAUGGGGCCUUUGUGUGUGGAACAGGACCAAGAGUUCGGAAGAAUUUCAACCAGGAGGAGGCUGGAGGAGGUGGUUUCUUGUGCCCAAACCAGCAACACCACCGACAGAGAGCUCCUGGGAGUGACAGGGACCCGGAGCAGUAUGAGCUUCAACCCCUUGCUUGCCAGCUGAGCGACAGCUUUGAGAACAGCACCUGCACCAGCAAACUGUCCAACAGACCCUCUGUACUCUCCGACGACAUCCAGUUCUGUGGCUUAAGUCCAAGGGGGGAGUAUGACAGGGUGAGCAUGGAGGCAGACAACGAAGAGAUGAGCAGUGGGCACCACAAGAGCUGCAACCCUCCUCCAGCUCUUCAGACCUCUUCCCCGUACAUGAACACCUCGCGUCCUGCGGUUCCUGCCCACGACCUGGCCAAGGAAAGACUAUGGUGCAAAAAAUGCAGAGGACAAGGUGGUGCAAUCAAGAUAUGGAACGCGUCCGUAUCAUCCUCACCCUCGUCAAGUAUGGAAGACAUCGCCGUCUGCCAGUCCACAAGCAGGAGAGCUCAGAGGUUGCUCUCAAUCGAUGACGCCACCUGCGGUGCCUUGGAAAAGGAUCAACACAAGCUCGUCUCUCGGUCACACAGCUCACUCGAGGGAAUGGAAGAUACCAAUGAGACUUGCCUGAGCGAAAUCGAGCCUGGGGCUUCACUCCCAGAAAUAACCUUAGUGGACACGGAGGAGGAGUUGCAACCAGGCCACCUGAAUGGCACGAGGGACACCUUACGCCUUUCUCUUAACGAAAAUGCUUAUGAUACACCUUCCCAUGGAGGCGGGCGGGGACGGACCAGCCAGAGCGACCUGACAGUCGUUUUGCCAAACAGUCAGCCUGAUUUGCCAGAUGUAUGGAUCAAGCGAGGAGAAGACAAAAGCUAAAGGCCAAUCCAACUUCUUGCUAAUCCAGUUUUCAGCAUGAUCACAACUAUUUUUUGUUGUAAAAUAUUCUCAGCAAAGAUUUCAAUUGCACAUUUCAUCCUGGAUCUCUAGGCAAUUACUUGACAUAAAUCUGUAGAUGUAAAGAAGACUUUCAAAGUUUGUUUUCAUUGUUUGGAACAACAUAGGUAUAUGAUUUGACAGAACUUCACACUCCACUAAAAGAGCAUUGUACACAUACAAAAAUGGGUUUUGUCAGAUAUAGGCUGGUGCAUACAGUGAGGAUUGCCAGUUAAUUGGCAAAACAGCUAGCUUGGGAUGGAAUCAGCAUGAACUAUGACCUUUAUUUUUUGCCCAGUAGAAAACUGCAAUGUGUGAGUACCACUGAAUAGAACUACGGACUAAUCGACUACAGACUGCUUGACAUGCUGUGACCUCAGAAAUGAGCAUGUUGCCCAAGCCUUGUACUCCAUUUUAACAGACACCUGUACACCUUUGUAAAGAUAUCACAGAAUGUGCACUCAAGGCUUGUGCCUGUUCCAAGCAUCACACGGGCCUUUUCACACAAAGGUUUGUAUUAGGAGCACAGAAUGCUGCAAGAAUACAAGUUAAAAGAAUAUAUGUGGAAGCUAUUGUAACAGUUUUGUGCCAUGUUUUAUUUAAAAUGUGAAUAUCUACGUUAAAUUAAAAUAAUAUUUUUGUCAUGUGAAGGAUAAAAGUACAGGAGGGAAUCAUUAUUUCACAAACAUGUCACAAGAAAUUAGGUUUAAAUUAACUUGUGAACAUGAAUUGAAUUAUGACAACUGUUAAGCCAUAGAAGAGACAACAUAAAGGAUUCCCAAUAUUUAUACGAUGUAUUUAAUAUGGGGUGAAGUGUUCAACCAGCCAGUUUAAGCAUGUGCCAAAUGACUGAUAUGUGUUGAUAAAGAUCAUGUAACUUUGUCAGUUAGUCCUGGUGUACUUGUGUGUGUUCUACUAAUGCAAGUUUAGAGGACAAUUGUAUCCAUCAAGUUCAUUUGCAAAAACAAAACUCAAAAAAGUGUGCUGUGCUAUAUUGUUGGCUUGUCAAAAUGAUUUUGCCCUGGAAAGAUUUUUUGUUUAAGUGUCUGAUGUUUUCAAAAGUUGAGCCCAUGCUGAAAUCUUGCUUAUGAUUAAUUGACUCUGUGUAUAGAAAAUGAUAUUCACAUACUCUAUGCAAACUGAAUUUCUGUUGCUCAACCCAGUCUGCUAAAGUCUACUACAGAUAUUUAUAACAUUUUAUCUCGCUAUGAUGUAAAAUCACACCGUAUAUAAUUGAGGAAACUACUUGAGUAUGAUGAAGACAGAGUAUAAGUGUAUAUUAACAAUGAAAUGAUUUACCUUUCCAAGUGCCAAGUUUAUAUUGUAUUGUCAAGUGUGGCAACCAAAGGUGUUAUUUGUUUUAUUUUGUAAAUUUGUCAAUGAUAAUGCUGAGAAGAGCAGCACUUGAAUUCAUGAAAAGAUCUCACCUGCCUUAGAAAUAUAAGGAACAUUAUGUCGCAGGAGAACUUCAGUUUGUGAAAAAAUGGUAUUUUCAAACUUGUAAAGUUGUACAGGUUACAACUGUGGAGAUGAUACUUGAUUAAAACACUUCUUUCAAUAA